GCACCGAUUUGGUGUUGCAACCGAGAAAGCUGCCUCUCGACAGUUCCUGCUGAAUCUAUUAGUCAUCUGCAAAGCUAUGAAUGAUCUUGACGAUCAUGUUGUGACGACCGCCGUCACACAUGUUCGUAUCUCUACCUCGACUCAAGCCGGUGUUGACCCAAUAUCUCGUCUUCAUUGAUGCCACUGGCACGAUCUCGUUUUAGGAGCAAAUCUCGCUCUCCCGCUCCCAAUGUAUCUUCCUCGCCUGCAUUCACGAUCUCAGCAUCUCGCACUCCAGCGUUUCUGCCUCCUUCGCACUAUGCUGCAGCUGCCGGUUUACAGUAUCCAUCACCCAGACCACCCGGUCCCGUGUCGAGCACUCCGGAGCGAGCAGGGUCAUCUUUACUACAGACGAUAUCUCCAUGUGUACUCACGUCUCCUGCACCGCCAAGCCGUACGGAAUUUCCUGCUUCUGAAGGCAACCAAUCUGCGCCGGUGGCACCUGGCUCUCACCUGAACCGCAUGAGCCGUCUGAUUUCUCGGAGCCCGGGUAGACCGAUGUCGCGCUCUUUUGGCCGUUCAACACCGAAAUCUGGUCAGCGAGAACAGGAAAAAGGCCAGAAUACUGAUAUGCCAAGUCCUCUGGUCGACAUUCCACUGGUGGAGAUGCAACUCAUUCCGACGUUGAGGGACACAGUCGAUAGAAUGACCCAUCCACCGCCGCCUUCAAACCGGUUCGAAGAGGGCUUAGACGAUUUGCAUGGUUCACGGUCAACCAUGGCUUCCAGGACUCCGGUGGACUCCUUUGGUGCAUUCGAUCCUAGCCAUGAAAUAGAUUCCUACAGGAUGCGUCAAACGGUAGAGGAUUAUAGGUCUCCCUCACAGGCAUCAAGGCCUCGCACUCAGGCCUCAUCCGUCGUUACUGCCAUUGCUGGUCCAUUGAGAACAGAACGGGCGCAAUAUCCUCGCGAGAGUCGUCGUACUCACAGCCCUCCCAAAACUUCUUCUGCUCUCUCAGCUACUCCUUUCAAGCGUUCUCUUUUGCCUACGGUAGUCGAGUCAUCGGACAAUGCCGCACGAUCGCCCGGACAGUCUCUGAGGAAAGCGAGACCAUGGAAUAGCCCGUCAAAUCCUAUCAAUGUUCCAGAUAGCCACGACUCGCCUGCUUUAAAUCAGACCCGAGGUCGAGGUCGUAGUGGACCUCAAAAUCUAGUCGAAAGUGAAGCUCGAACAGCGCCAUCUACACAGUCCAAAAGUCUACUACCGCGUCCAAAUGGUGAAUCAAUUGCUAAACCUAAUUUAGUCGCGCCUUUGCUAUCGUCCGGGACCCCGCGGUCCAAAAUCCCCCAUGGUACGCCUAAGUUAGUCGUUGCAACACAGUCCCCGUUGAGGGCACGCUCCAACAUUCCUCGGCCAAGCCACACGUCUGCUUCAGCUAGUGAUAGUACCUCUGACAUAGAGAAGACAAUAUCGUAUGUUCCACGACCGUCCGUGCCACACCGUUCGCAAGGCCUGCAUGAAAUUUUUGACAAUGAGAACGACGAUCGAGGCCGCCGGCGCAUGCAUCAACCGUACGGAACGGGAUCAAGAGGCCGUGCUGCGUCCACUGCACUCCGGGAUCUGGGGCGCCAGUCAGUCGCAAUGCAACUACGCGACCGUUACAACAGGACUCAGGCGGCGACACAGCAGAUGCCUGUAGGUCUGGGUUUUCACUUACAUCCGAACGAGGAAGAAAAUCCGUACGGCACAGAGACCGACGAAAGCGACGAACAUAGUGUCUACGACGAGCCUGACGAUCAGGAAUCUCGAGGCUCUGACUCAGCAAUAGACAGUCCUGCGGAAGAGGAAGCGCUUGCAGAUCAAUACAAAACAGUUCCAUCUGCAUUCGACACAAUACGUGGGAGCUUCUCAGAACACCGCGAAGAGACGGAGAAAACUAGGCAGCGAGAAGCAUUGAUGGGCAUCGUUCAUAACCUCCAUGUUGAUUAUGAAUCGUAUCCAGCGAACGGCAGGAGGAGCGUACUCAGCCAGAGCGAUAGCGGUGCUUACCACGAGCAGGGUAUCGCCAUCACUGUCUCGCAAGAACUGCAUCCUGACGGUGUCGACGAUGCUGGUCAUAGCUUACUUCCAAUUGUUGAGGAGCGAUAUUCCCGAACGUCAAGUAGGUACGACGACGAGUCUGUCUACUCGGCUGAAGGCGACGAAGAGAGCUUGAACGAGGUCGAAGGUGAAUGUAGCAGUCAACAAGCGUCCACAAACUUAUGGGCUCGAGAAUCUCUAGCCGGACCUCUCCCGUCCUCUUCUGGUCGCAACCGUGGAGAUCGUUCUUCCAUACGUCAUGAGGAGGCUACGGAGGCGUCUGUCAAGAGAAUUUCUCGCGUUGCUUCUCCUCUUCCUGCACCUGUAGUAUCAUCAGAGCGACAGAGGCGAAGGUCACAGCCCUUCGAUCACAAUAUAGAGGUUCCAUAUACUGCCUCCAGCGAUGCUAGGAGACGAACGCAGACAGACAUGCGACAGACACCGAAGCUCAGUCCACGUACAGAGUCCUCACCAAGAAGGACCUCGAAGCGUUACAUCGAACCUGAUAGGACUCCACAGGUGGCUGCGGGAAAAUUCAGUCAUCAGAGCGAUGAUUCCUCAGAUCUGUCCGUGCUGGAUUCAUAUGCGGGUCAGAAUGCAGCGGAUCGGGAGAGAGAAGGAUUCGGGAUCCCUCGUUCCCUCUCAUACGGCGCUGGAAGCUCAGAGGAGGCCGAGGAGACUACAGACAGUCGGGGUUCCGUAUCAAGAAGUGCCAGCGACGACUCGAUGGCAGGUAGUCGUCCACGCAUGAGCAGAUAUUUCUCUGGCACUAGUGAAAUUUGGCAAGAGCAAAAUGGUAGGGACGCAUUGAGUCAAGGUGCCCAUACGCUAUUCGAGGUCCUCGCCGAUGGCAGUGCUGGGUCCUCCGUCCAGCCUGGUGCGCACAGCAGCAGGAUCAGACAGUGUGAAGAUUAUGACACUAUCCGCCGUCGCCAGUCGCGCUCAGAACCUCAACAGGCUCAUUCUAGUCGUGUAGAACGGGAGCCCUCACCAAGAGCUAAAGCAGAGCCGAGUAUAAAGGCAUCUUGGCGAUCUAUGCUUAAUCUGUCGACUUUCAAUGCGCUCCUGUCGCGCUAUGGGCCGAUGGAGGUGCAGCGGCAAGAGGUGAUAUACAAGCUCUUCAUUGAAGAGAAAGCAUUCGUCAAGCAUUCGCGCGCUGUUGUCGCAUCGUUCAUCCUGCCUUUACGAUCCCACGACACCAAGUCCUGGCUUCCUGGUGUCCCAGCAGAUAUCUCCAGGCUAUUUGACUGGUACGAGGAUAUCGUCAACCUGCAUGCCGGCGUCGCGCGGGUACUGAAGUCGGCGACGAGGCCUUGGCAGACGGGCGGGGUCGUCGACGCAUUUGCUGCACAUUUGCUUGCCAUCGCGCCCAAAUUGGAAGUGUAUCAGCCAUACAUCGCUAGGAUAGACGAGGUGAAGGAGUUGUUGGCGACGCGAAUUGACGAUCCGCAGGAUGAGUUCGGGGAGUACGUUCGGAUGAGGCAGCAGGAAGAAGCGUGGUCCGGACAUACCUUGGAGGACCUGCUCCAGGAGCCCGUGAAUAGACUGGGGACAUAUCCCGAGACCUUCGAGCGGCUCCUAGACGUCACGCCAAAGCACCAUGUCGACCACCUCCCGACAGUCUUCUUGCUCUCCUCCAUCAGAACAAUGAUCGAGGUCUUAGAGGAAGUCCGAAUCCGGGAAGAGGAAUACGACUUCGUGAAAGACAUCUUUUCGCGGAUAGUGGGCAUCCCUCAAUCUGCUCGCCUGGCAAAACGGGAGCGGCGGCUCCUCCACCAUGGCGUUCUGCAUCGCAUUCCCUCCAACGAAAAGCCGCAUGCAUACAGGGAGCCCAGUCCGCCGGUGACUCCUACCCUGCAGAUCAACGGCAAGCCUAUUGAUGGAGGGAGGCGGAAGCCAGGACGGCCGCGAGAUGACCCGCAGCGCAUGUCGCGGCUGGCGUCGGCGAUUCACGACUGGCACGUCCGGCGGGCGCGGCCUGGGUCGAUCAGCUCGUCCGCGUCGUCGUCGCUGUCAUUGUGGUCGCGUAGUACGGCGGAGUCGUCGAAGGCGACGCCACUGACACCGGCGUCUGAUGCGUUUGGAAGGCCGCGCGAGGAUGUAGUGCCGUUGCAGGCGUUGGUGUUUGACGACUUGGUCGUGUUUAUGACUCCGGCACAUGCAGGAACGGGCGGUGCGGUGCAGGAUGGUGAGUGUGAGGAUCAAUGGGCGUUGCUGGAGGAAGUGGGGUUAGCGAGGGUCCUAUACGUCACGGAGCGGGAGGAGGAUGCCAACAGCUGCAACGUGAUCCUCGAUCUCCUACCGCUAAACUCAGACCAGGCGGGAACUGGCAGCGUCCCGCAAGCAGUCCCCGUCGUCGAGCUCACCGUGAGCAUCCCCACCGUACACGAAGACCCGGAAUCUUUCCAAUAUUGGCUCGCGGCGCUCCAUCAGAGUCAAGAGCACACCACGCACGCGCUUUCGUUCGCCGGCUUUUCUUACGCUUCCUCGUCUGGCGGAAGCUCUGGCUUAGAUAUCAACAGCGACCUGCACCAGGACACCUUCCAGGCGAUGAAGUCCAUCGUGAGCUGUGGGAUGCCGCUUCCGAAGAGCCCAUCGAUGCAGUUUCAGGAGAAACGGGAUGAGGUGGGCCAGGAGAGAGAGAGGGAGGAGAGGGCAUGGUGGAGUCUGAGGUUCCAGCAGGUGAUCAGGGAUGUGCAGCGGCAGCGGAGGGCAGGAAUGUCGUUUGCGAGAGCUUCAUAGCGGGGAGGCUUAGUAUCGGAUUGUACUGAACGGACGGUCAUUUCUUGAUUAUUUUCGUCUCAUCCGUUGUAGCGCUAACUAUACCAGAUGUGUUGUCAUACCUAUGUACUGUUGUCUUGGUUGCAUGUGGCAGGAACAAUAUCUAUGUCUUGUAAACCGCCA